AUGCCGCCCAAAGCAGACUGGGAAAAGUACAAGAAGCCGGACGGAGACUCGAAGGAUGAGGAGAAGAUCGUCGCGCUCGAUGAGGGCGACAUCCAGCUACUCAAAACCUACGGCCAGGGCCCCUACGCCGCAUCGCUGAAGGGCAUCGAGAACGAGAUCAAGGAGCUGCAGAAGCGCGUCAACGAGAAGAUGGGCGUCAAGGAGAGUGACACGGGACUUGCACCGCCAAAUCUGUGGGAUCUGCCCGCCGAUCGACAGCGCAUGGGCGAGGAGGAGCCGCUGCAGGUGGCAAGGUGCACCAAGAUCAUCCGCGCCGAGACGAAGAAGGAGGGCGAAGGGUCGGAAAGCGCGGGCGCAUCGGGGAGCGCAGGUGGCCGAGCGGGAGGGAUGGGAGGCUUGGGCGGUCUCGGUGGCCUCGGUGGCCUCGGCACUUCCGCACACCCAACAGCCGACGAGGAGGACAAGUACGUGAUCAACGUCAAGCAGAUCGCCAAGUUUGUCGUGUCGCUCGGCGAGCGAGUGGCCCCCACGGAUAUCGAGGAGGGCAUGCGUGUCGGUGUCGACCGCAACAAGUACCAGAUCCAGAUCCCACUACCGCCCAAGAUCGACCCUUCCGUCACCAUGAUGCAGGUCGAGGAGAAGCCCGAUGUCACCUACGGCGAUGUCGGUGGCUGCAAGGAGCAGAUCGAGAAGCUGCGCGAAGUUGUCGAGUUGCCUCUGCUCUCACCAGAACGCUUCGUCAACCUCGGCAUUGACCCGCCCAAGGGUGUGCUUCUCUACGGUCCCCCGGGUACAGGCAAGACGCUCUGUGCGCGAGCGGUGGCCAACCGAACCGACGCUACCUUCAUCCGCGUCAUCGGCUCCGAGCUGGUCCAGAAGUACGUCGGUGAAGGUGCACGAAUGGUGCGCGAGUUGUUCGAGAUGGCUCGCACCAAGAAGGCGUGCAUCAUCUUCUUCGACGAAGUCGACGCCAUCGGUGGUGCGCGAUUCGAUGAUGGUGCGGGCGGUGACAACGAGGUGCAGCGAACCAUGCUCGAGCUCAUCAACCAGCUCGACGGUUUUGACGCACGAGGCAACAUCAAGGUGCUCAUGGCCACCAACAGGCCGGACACGCUCGACCCGGCCCUCCUCCGUCCUGGUCGUCUCGACAGGAGAGUCGAAUUCGGUCUGCCGGACAACGACGGUCGCGCCCACAUCCUGCGCAUCCACGCCCGCUCCAUGUCCGUCGAAAAGGACAUCCGAUAUCAUCUCAUCGCGAGGCUGUGCCCGAACGCGACGGGUGCCGAGCUCAGGUCCGUCGCCACCGAGGCAGGCAUGUUCGCCAUCCGUGCACGAAGGAAGAUGGCGACCGAACGGGAUUUCUUGGAUGCGGUGGACAAGGUCAUUCGCCAAGGAAGCAAGUUCUCGUCGACAGCGCUGUACGCCCAGUACAACUAG